GAGCCCGGGUCGCUGCCGCGCAGACUCCAAGAUGGCGGCGCGCAAAGCUUCCGAUCGCACGUGUAGAGCGAAGGCCAAGAGCCCGAGCAGCCCACCGCGCGUCUACCUCCCGGGUCGGGGCCCGCCGCUGCAGGACGACGAGGAGCUGGUGCGGGACCAGGAGGCCUACGUGCUGUACCACCGCGCGCAGACCGGCUCGCCAUGCCUCAGCUUCGACAUCGUCCGAGACCAGCUGGGGGACUCCCGCAGCGAUUUUCCCCUGUGCCUUUACCUGUGCGCUGGGACCCAGGCCCCCAGUGCUCAGAGCAACAGGCUGAUGGUGAUACGAAUGCAUAACCUCCACGGCACCCAGAAAAGUGAGGCCGAUGAGGACAGUGAGAGCGAAAGUGAGGAAGAAGAGGAAGAGAAGAAGCCCCAGCUGGAGCUGGCCAUGGUCCCCCACUAUGGCGCUAUUAACCGAGUCCGGGUUGCCUGGCUCGGGGAGACCCCUGUGGCAGGGGUGUGGUCUGAGAAAGGCCAGGUGGAGGUGUUUUCUCUUCGUAGGCCCCUGGAGGCAGUGGAUGACCCCCAGGUGCUGGCAGCCUUCUUGAGGGAUGAGCAGGCCCUGACCCGGCCCCUGUUUGCCUUUGCUGGCCACAUGACUGAGGGCUUUGCCCUGGACUGGUCCCCCCGGGUACCAGGUCGCCUGCUGAGUGGUGAUUGUCAAAAAAACAUUCACCUCUGGACCCCGACCGAGGGGGGCUCCUGGCACGUGGAUCAGCGGCCAUUUGCUGCUCAUUCUCGCUCUGUGGAGGAUCUGCAGUGGUCACCAACUGAGGACACGGUAUUUGCAUCUUGCUCAGCCGACGCCUCCAUCCGAAUAUGGGACAUCCGGGCAUCGCCAAGCCGGGCCUGCAUGCUCACAGCCCCCUCUGCCCAUGACGCAGAUGUCAAUGUCAUCAGCUGGAGCCGUCGAGAGACGUCCUUCCUGCUUAGCGGGGGUGAUGACGGCGCCCUCAAAGUCUGGGAUCUCAGGCAGUUCACGACUGGCUCCCCAGUGGCCACCUUCAAGCAGCACGUGGCGCCCGUGACCUCCGUGGAGUGGCACCCCCAGGACGGCGGGGUCUUUGCGGCAGCGGGGGCAGACGACCAGCUGACCCAGUGGGACCUGGCGGUGGAGCGGGACCCGGAGAUGAGCAGCGCAGAAGAGGGAGAUCCCUUGGUGGCUGAGCUCCCCCAGCAGCUGCUGUUUGUGCACCAGGGGGAGACGGACAUCAAGGAGCUGCACUGGCAUCCCCAGUGCCCCGGCGUCCUCAUUAGCACAGCCUUGUCUGGCUUCACGGUCUUCCGCACCAUCAGCGUCUGAGGCCUGGGCCUGGGGAGGCGACUCCUGCCUUGGUCCCUUCCCUGCUUAGGGGUGCUAGGCUGUGUCCCCUGAAAGGAGCCUGGACCUGCCAGCUUAGCCCGGGACUGGGCCUCCUUGGCUCCAUCUCUUCCCUGACAGGAUUUGCUUGCGCCUCUUUCCCUGUGGGGAGGGGGAGGGGCAGGGCUUGGCUGGAUGCAUUUGUCCUCAGAGAUGGAAGGGGGUUCGCCCAGCCUGCCCAGGUGAGGAUUGGCCUUGGCCCUGUGGUCUUCAGGAAUGGACUGGUUCCCCCCAGCUCCCAUGGACUUGGAAGGGGACUUAAGAGGAGGGAGGGAGGAGGGCAAGGUUCUCUGGAGAUGGGCAUGUGUGUGAUCAAUAAAAGCCGAGAGAAUGA